CAUACAUAUGUGUACAUGUGCACAUAAUGAUGUUACCACAAAAAAGUCAAUACAAUAUACCUUACGUUACAAUAAUACCUUACGUUAACCAGUGCAACUAAUCACUUUUAAAGUAUGUUAUGCGCUUAUGUAAAUGCAUCUACGAUUGUAUGGGUAUGCGUGCAUGCUUGUGCAUGUGUAUAUGUGCUGUUAAUUUUAGCAUAUAACGGCCGUGUGUGAAAGUUUUUCAAAAGUUCUUCGAUAACCGUUAUGUUCUUUGGAAAAAAAAACAAAAAUUAAUAAAUAAAUAAAUAAAUAACUUUUUAUAAAGCGAUGGAAAAAAUGUUUAGCUAUAAAGCAUUUUCCAAAAAUAUUAUGUAAAAUUUUUGUUAGUGCAUUCAAUAUGAUAACGAUGAUCGUACAUCUCUUUACUUGGAAAUCAAUAUAAAUGUUAAGUUUUUUUAUUGUGUGUGUGGAAAGAAAAUAAAAAGAAAAAAGUGUGACUAUGUACUCAGAAAAAUCGAGACUUAAUACUUCGAUACACGUCACAAUUGCUGCAGAUAACGAAAUGCAUCAUACGACUCAUUUGGUGCCACCUGAUGUUAACCACCAUCGAUCAGUGCCUACUCAUCAUAUAGAAUCUCAUCGUUCUUUACAACAACAAAUUCCUCAAUUAAAUAUACAUCAACGUCAACACCAACAAACGCAACAGCAACAGCAGCAACAACAACAGCAACAACAACAACAGCAACAGCAACAUAUUCAACAAGCUCAACAGCAUAUGCAACAUCAGUCAUUGCAACAAACAUCCCACCAGCAACCAAAUCAACAAGCACAGCAGUCGGUACAAGCACAUCAUUCAUCACUAUUCACCAGAUUUGAUGCUAGUAAAUCAACUAAAGGAGCAUCGAAACUUCGUAGAGAUUUAAUUAAUGCCGAAAUUGCAAAUUUACGAGACCUUUUGCCGCUGCCUCAAUCAACGCGGCAACGUUUAUCCCAACUUCAGUUAAUGGCUUUAGUAUGUGUUUAUGUACGCAAAGCCAAUUAUUUUCAACAAGUUUUUAAACGGCACGAUAUAUCUCUACAUCAAACACCGACGCCAAAUAUGGGAUUUUCAAAGGCAUUAUCCGGAUUCCUAAUGAUGUUAACGCAAAACGGUAAACUUUUAUACAUUUCGGAUAAUGCGGCGGAAUAUUUAGGACAUUCCAUGGAAGAUCUUCUCAUACAUGGCGAUUCCGUUUAUGAUAUUAUUGACAAGCAAGACCAUGCUGCCAUACAAGCUGAACUUAAUCGUAAUGUGCCGCCUCAACCGGGACAACAUAUGAGUUCAAUAGCUUCAGCUGCCAAUGCAAUAUCAAGUCUUGAAGGUGAUCAUAGAAUGUUUCUUUGCCGCAUGAAUGUUAGUCGCAAUGCUCGGAGACAAAUGCGUUUCGGUGAUCAGAAGGUAGUACUAGUUCAGGGUCAUUAUUUGUCAUUUCUGCCACUAUGUAGCCGCAAUGAGCCUGUUUUUUUAGCCACAUGCACACCGAUCGCUAUGCCAGAAACUAGAGAAUGUGUCGUACAGGGAGCCACAAAUGUUUUUACCGCCGUUCACUCUAUGGAUAUGAAAAUGGUUCACAUUGACAAGAAUGGAGAAUUUCAUUUAGGUUAUACAAGAAAUGAAAUUCAAGGAGUGUCUUGGUACACUUUAAUACACACCGAUAACUUACGUGAGGCGCAAAGCAAACAUCGGCUAAUAACUCAGUCAGAACAAGAUCGUUCGUGUAUUUUGCUUAUACGCAUGCAACGAUCUAUAGGUGAUUUCAUAUGGGUACAUGUGGUAUUGCAAGUGCGUGAUCCCCAGGAUUCUAAUCAACAGCCAGUUAUUGUUUCCACAAAUCAAGUACUUAAUGAGCGAGAGGCUUCCGUUAUGAUUUUAAAUUCUUGGCUUUAUCAUUAUUAUACAGUACAGUCGAAAAUUCAAUUUGGUUUACCGUAUGAUAACGUCACCAGAAUUGGUUCAAAUACGACGUCACCUGCAGUUAAUACGGCACCAGCAUAUUAUCAUCAUUUUCCUCAUCAUCAUCAUUCGGCGACUACGAGCUAUUCGCCAACGGCAAUGCUAGGAUCGCCUUAUGCAAAUCUCCAUUCACCUUCCAAUCCUCAUGCUCAUCAUCAUCAUCAUCAUUUUCAUCAUAUAUCACAGUUGCCAUCGACUUAUCAUCAUGCUAUGGAAACAGCGGACUCUUCUACAACAAUACUCGAGCGUAUCACUACUAAUGCCACAGAGACUGAUGCCAUAAAUAAUAUAAUUAAUUUGAAAAAUUUACCCAAGCCCACCGUAGAACCUGUUGAUUAUAGUCAACUAGCAGACGUAACACAACAUACGCCGUCUCCUACGCGUCCUCCAUCUUCGAUUAAAUCGAACGGUGGAGAGUUACGUUGCGAAAGUGCUAAUAGUUCGAUAUCAAGUAACACAUCAGCCACAAUGGGUCACCUAUCACUUAGCAAUCAUAGUUACAGUAAUCACAAUCGAGCACGCUCGCCCCCUCAAAAGCGUAAAGCCCUUGGCAAAUUGGAACCUUUAUAUAUUCAGGAAAAUUCCCAAGAUGUCACCAAUCUUAGUGUUAACGAAUUAGACAAUUAUGCGAUACAUGCGAAUCGUUCGGUUGCCUUAUCUCAUGAGUCACAUUCUUCGGUAAUUUUUGCUACCGUUGUGCCAACACGACCGCGUUUAUUAAAUAAGGUUUUCUCAAGUGAUCCAGCCGAUUUUAUCGAUCAAUGGAAUCCUAGUCCGCCAUGGUCGGAAAAUGCUCAAAAGUUAUCAUUUGAAAAUAGUUCAACAACGCCGCAACAAGAAUUAAGUCCGUGCAUAACUACUACGCCGCCAACACCGAGCGCUCCGUUAAGUAAUGCGACCACCUGUAUACCGGGUCUUCAAACUUUCGGUUCGGCUUUUUCGUUCGAAUGGAUGCCCGAACAAUUAAUGCCGGUUGUUGAUGCUUGCGUAACAUAUCCGCGAACCGACGGUAUGCCCAUCGUUAUGACUCAUAGCCAUCAUAAUCAUAAUUCUCAUUGCCCGCCAUCAUGGCCCUCGCAUGUUAUACCCACAGAUACUUAUAGUCAUUUAACGAUACAAAAUCAACGAGCCGUCGAUCGUCACUCCCCUAGCAGAGAUGGGCAAACCGAAUUGCUUGCGAGCGCACAAAAAGCUCGCAUAAUAACAUUGAAUGACUUGAAUGAAGAUGAAACUAAAAAAAAAGAAUCUCCGAGUGGUUGUGAAUUACAGAAAAAGAAUAACUAACUAAAAAAAAAAAAAAA